UUUCAGUAACUUAAAGAAUGUAUAUAUCAAUUUCUUCUUCUUCCUUAGUAUGAUAGAGAGAGAUAAAGUGUGUGUUAUUGUAAUGUUGGCGGCGCUUCUAGUUGGUAUUUGCCCAGAGCCAGCCUGCCAUUUUGUGAAAUAAAAGGAAGAUAAAAAAUAGUUUUAUGGUGUUAAAAUUUUUCAAUAACGUCAUUGCCAUUUCUACCAAGGCCCAAAACAAAUGUUUAAAUGGACGCAUCGUCCAUUAUAACUCAAGUGUCACGGGAUGACGAACAAUUAAACAACUAUGGAUCUGAAAGAGGGUCUUCGCCUGGCGGACAGCAAAAUAACGAGGAUGGAACGCCAGUUUCUGGCUCCACUCCAUUGGGGAGCAAGAAGUCAAGUGGCGGUGGAGGUUUCCUACGAUCUUUACUGUGUUGUUGGCGUGGGGGCCGCGGAAAAGGGCCCCCCGGUGGAAAUGGCACCAACAGUAUCGAUGGCAGAGCGUCACCCCCCCUUCUUGUUAUGUCAGAUCAUGCACCACGACCUUUAUUACCACCAGUGAGACAUCAGGAUAUGCACAAAAAAUGUAUGGUCAUAGAUCUCGACGAAACCUUAGUACACAGCUCUUUCAAGCCGAUCAACAACGCUGAUUUCGUGGUACCAGUGGAGAUAGAUGGUGCCGUCCACCAGGUGUAUGUCCUGAAGAGGCCGCACGUGGACGAAUUCCUAAGAAGAUGCGGUGAACUAUACGAGUGCGUGCUCUUCACCGCCUCCCUGGCGAAGUACGCGGAUCCGGUCGCUGACUUAUUAGACAGAUGGGGCGUGUUCCGCGCUCGUCUGUUCCGGGACAGCUGUGUGUUCCACCGCGGGAACUACGUCAAGGAUCUGAACAGCCUGGGGCGGGAUCUGCGACGGGUCGUCAUAGUCGACAACUCACCAGCAUCAUACAUCUUCCACCCUGAUAACGCUGUGCCGGUCGCUUCGUGGUUCGACGACAUGACGGACUCCGAGCUCCUGGACCUGAUACCGUUUUUCGAGAAACUGAGCAAGGUGGACAGUGUGUACACAGUGUUGCGCAACUCUAACCACCCCUACAACCCGGCACAGAGCUCGCCGACAUAGCGCCCGCGACACAGCACGUGCUCGAUGCCGCCAGUGCUCGACGCGCGCGAGCACUUGCUUCAAGCCCGCGAGCACGUGCUCCAGUUUCGAACGCAGCCGCAGCACGCGCAUGCGCUCGCCGUCCUCGGGACGAUCAUCAAGAAAGGAGCUAACUUCGUCUUAAGUGCCAAUUUUGCCUUCUGGUUAGUAAGGACGUUAUUUGUACCUAUUUUACAUAUUAGGUAUCUGUUAGUACGUAAGUCCGUAUAAUGUGUCUGUGGUCGUUCUAUCCUACGAUGUUUAGCUUCCGCAUCUAUUUCUAUUCUAUUCCUCCGAUAGUAUCGAUUUUAAAUGUGUUUUUUUUCGUCUUUUUUAUCGAAUCGAAAUCGAUUUCAACGUUUUUAUAUCGUGCUUGGGAUCAAAUAUGACUAAGUUAGUGUUACCCGUCUCGAGUGAUGCCGCCGUAAUGGGAAUUGUUUCGAGCUGUUCGCUUUAUAUAAAUACGGAGACUCCUGCAAUCACGAAUUUCUCUAACCGGCUGUUAUAUACACGUGGAACUGAUGUAGCCGCCGUGAAUGUAUAUAUAUUCUUUAUCAUACUUAUAAGACGACAUAUAUCCUCGGCUAUAGUGUACAUAUAACGAAAAAGUAAGCGGCGGAAUAACUAUUAAGUACCCCUGCAACGAAUUUGCAUGGCGACACUGAACGCAGUUUACAGUUUUAACAUGGUGUGUGGAGUGGGAUUCACGUUAGGGGCAUGAUAUGUUUACUACGUGUGUUUAGUUUCAUGAUGCAAACUAAUACUAAGGGUAGAAGUGUAUCGUAUCGCACUAUGAAUCAAUCAAUGGAGCACAAAUUGAAUUCUGGCUAUAUUGAUAUAGAUUUGUUUGUUGUUUUUUUUUUUUAAUUAUUAUAUGACAAUUUCUAAACGUAUGUAACAUUAGCUUUAUAUAAAGGUUUGUGCACAUAAGCGUUGAUGUGAUCGGUUUAUCAUAAUGACUAGUGUGUACAUACCAUUAUUUUGCGAAUUAUAUAAUAUUCUAUCGUAUAACAUGUAUAUGAAUUGCCUUAAAGACAAUAAUGUCAAUGGGUCAGUGUCAUACGAGUUUUAAAUUUACUUAGAGCAGUUUGAUACGAUGAAUUAAAUCAAUGGUAUAAUAUAAUAUUUGUAAUCUAUAUUUUUUUAUUAAAGAAAUCAUGUACGGGAUGAUGUUUUUAAUCCUAUAUCAAGCGGGUCGUGUUUAAAAAGUACAAUUUUUAUAUAUAUAUAUAUAUAUAUGAUUAACACUGAUAAUUUAUUCGAUCAAAAUCAGAGCAUGCUGUAUAAAUAUUUUUUUUUCGAUAAUAUUUUGAACCGCCCGCAAGAUGUCGACUUAUAUGACUUAAUGAAUUUAAUAUAUAUAUAUGUAUAGUAAUAUAUAUUUUUAUAUAUACAUCGUGUUCAGAAUUCAUGUCAGUAUUGCAGCACAAUGAUUUUAAUGUCUCAGUAUUAAUUAGAAAAUGUAUAUAUCUUAAUGACAUUUUUUUUUAUUAUAAUAAUUAUACAAAGUUUGGAUGUUACUAAACGUAAUGAAACUACGCGCGAGGCUUCACUGAGUUUACUAUUAUUUUUGUUACUAAUGUAAUAUCUCCUUAUAAUAUUGCAACUUGGUAACAAAAUAUCGAGUAAGGACUCAGAUAUAAUUGAACAUUUUAUUGCUAAAAUUAAGAUUUUAAAUUUUUAAAAUCAUUCGAAUUGCAUCCUAAUAUUUAAAGGAAGAAAUCAAUAUUUAAAUUUAUUUUUUUACUGUAAUAUUUACUGAAUCGUAUAGCAGCCUUGUGUGUAGUGUAUGAAACGGAAUUCAAAAUUAAAUCUUUAAAAUAGUUUUCGACUAAUUAGGAUGAAAUAAUGGUGCUUUCAGUAUUAGUUGUUUAAGCAGACGAUUACUGAACAACUGCACUCGUGACGCACAUUCUGAUGUAGUAAUUUUUUAUAUCGGCGACUAUACAUGGUGUAUAAAUGUAUUGAAAUUUUUUUAAUUUUUUUUUGGCGCUCGACGUCUUAUUAUCUUAUUGCUUAGCGAAAAAUAUUCUUCCUUAUUAAUACGACCACAUAUUGUUCUGGUAAUGUAAAUAAGAUUUUUUUUUUUGUUUUAUUAUUAACUUAAUAUAUAUGUAAUAAUGUUAAUUUUGAAGCAAUCCUCUGCUAUGGACAUUUGUUAUUUAGUCAUCAGUAUGUAUAUAAAAGUGCAUGUUUUAAGUGAUUAUACAUAAUUUUUAGUAUGUAAAAACUAUUGCUCGGAUGCCCUUAUUAAUUUCGAGGGUCGUUGACCUCAGCCAGAUGUUUUUGGUCAGAUGUCAAGCGAUCAUAACAUAGCAAAUGUUUUUUGAUUGAACCAACCGUCCCUUUCAUAUCGUUUUUUAUAUAUCGAAAAGAGUUUUAUCACAACCAUCAUAUACUUUUGCGUUUUAUUAUAUAAUAAUAUUUCACUUUUUUUUUUAAUAAAUAAAAUAUAUAAUAUAUUGUUUGACAUUUGUAAAGAAUAGUUUUGAAAUGAAACGCAGUAGUCUGUAUGUGGGUUUUUUUUUCUGGUCGUGUGUAAUAGAAGUUUUGUUUUCUUCCGAUACCACGUAGAGCAUUUAUUUCUUAAGAAUUAACAUAGUUCUAGGAUGUCAUAGUAAUAUAUAUGUUGAUUUCUAUAGUUUUUAAGAUGUCUGUUGUUCAAAUGUACAUUAAACGAACGAAUACAAAACAAUGUUCCCCGUGAAAAUUUUAUAAGAAGAAAAAUUAUAAAAAAAAAUAAUAAUAAUAAAUUAAUUAAUAAUAAUAAUAAUCACAGAAUCGUCCAUGUUGUUUAGAAAUUAAAUAUUUGUUAAUUAUUUCGAUUUAUAUAGAAGAUUAAUGCAUGCAAUAAAAUCUAUUGAUAUUUUUUUUUUGUCAUAAAAGUAUUUUUUUUUAAGAUGUGAAUUCAUUGUUAUUUAAUUAAUUGACGAAUGUUUUUUUUUAUCGUAUUUUAAUGUUAGCGUAAGUUAUGUGUAAUAGUGAUUUUUAACGCAAUAACUGUGUGUUUUGUAAUCUUACUAACUUAGUACGGAUGUCCUAAUAGUUUGCACAGAACUCGAUAUGUAUAAGUGUACUGCAUAUAGCCAUUAUAUAUGAGAGAAACAAUGUUACUCAUUGUACAGUGCCCAUAGUCACCCCUAGUUAUUAUAUUUCUAUUGCUUUUUACAUGUUUCACUAUGAUGUGACAGCAUUAUUUUUUUAUCCAUGUAAUUAUAUAAUUUAUUUUGAUUAAAUAUUAUAUAUUAUGGUAAAUUUUAAUGAUUUCUCUAUCUACUAACUUUCACUGUUAAGUUGUCGUAUGUAUAAAUGUAACAGUUAAGUCGAAGCUAUAGCGCUUUUAAAUUGAUUUCUUAAUAAUUUUGCUGGACACGCUUUCAAUUUGAACAUCAAUGUUAUGGGCCUAAUUUGUUUGUUACCUAGUUUUUUUUUUUCAUAACAUUGUCGAGUUCUGAAAAAUCAAAAAUAAAAGUACAAAAUAGUAUCAGUCAGGAACAAGGAAUGUUUUUAAUAUAAUUUUAGUAUAAACUUAGUGUACCCUGUAACAUUACUUUUGAAACAGUUUGCAUGAGACACUCGUACCAACCGGCUACCCACCUACAAUGAUUAUAUAUUCAAUAGAUAAUAUAUUUACAGCAUUCAUAAUAUCAGGUAUUUAAUGUAGAUUUUUUUAUUAUUAUUAUUAUUAUUUAGAUCAAAAUAUGUCUUCAGAUUUAUAUUUUUAAGCGAAAUAUUAGUAAAUAAAUAGUUUUCUAACUAACAAUAUAUCGUUUUGGUAACAGGAUUGUGUUAUAAUAGUUCCGUAAUGCUUGACAAACGACAAUAUUUUCAUUUUAGAGUCAUUUAGGUAGUGGCAAUACUAUAUUGAAUUUGUUGUAAACAGGAUUUGUCAUUGUUGUAAGUUGACAAUUAUAGUUGUUGGUAUGUAGAUACAUUGUGAAGCACUACCGGAGGGAUUUGAAGUGGACUUUUUUUCAUUUUAUCUAUGAUCAUAUUUUUUUUAUAGCUUGUAACAUUAAUAACUAUGUAUUAUAUCAUUAACAUUGUAGUGUUGCCAUAUUAAAAUUACACAACAAAUCCAAAAACAAAAAAAAAAUAUGAUCAUUUUAUACCUAUCAGAGAUUAGGCAUGUAAGAGACGAUAAUUAUAAUAUUUAUGUAAUAGCAAGGGAAUAGGUGACACGAGUAAUGGGUAACAUUUACCCGAGACGAAAUUUAUAUAGUGGUGUACAUUUUUGAUAUGAUGUUGUACAAAAGAGACAUUUGGUAUGUUAUUUUAUAGGAAUGAAAUAAAUAGCCUUAAUAAUAAA